UGCGCAGAGCAUUGCGUUUUGAUAUCACUGUCUUAAUGGGGUUAAACGAUUGAUUUGAGAUGUUCGAUUGCUAAUAAUCACUUUGCUUUUUGAUAGUUCCAGGUGUUUUUGUGGCUUGAACGAUGCUUGUGUUGUUCGAAACGCCGGCGGGCUUUGCCCUUUUCAAAGUAUUGGAUGAAGGCAAACUAUCCAAAGUUGAGGAUCUGGGGAAGGAGUUCUCUACGGCUGAGUCUGCCAGACAGGUUGUAAAGCUAAAAGCUUUCUCCAAGUUUGAGAACACAUCAGAAGCCUUGUCAGCAGCUACCUUGUUGAUAGAGAGCAAACCUAGCAAGGGUCUGCGCAAGUUAUUGCGUGCCCAUUGUGAUGGUGAGACAUUAGCUGUGGCUGAUUCUAAACUUGGAAAUACCAUUAAGGAGAAACUGCAAAUUGAAUGUGUUCACAACAAUGCUGUGAUGGAACUGAUGAGAGGGGUGAGAAGCCAGUUGACAGAACUCAUAUCUGGUUUGCCUAGUCAGGAUUUAGCGCCAAUGAGCUUGGGCUUAUCUCAUAGCCUAUCUAGAUACAAGUUGAAAUUCAGUCCUGAUAAGGUGGAUACGAUGAUCAUUCAGGCAAUUGGCUUGUUGGAUGAUCUUGAUAAGGAACUUAACACAUAUGCAAUGAGAGUUCGAGAAUGGUAUGGUUGGCAUUUCCCUGAACUUACAAAGAUUGUACAGGAUAAUAUUCUUUAUGCCAAGGCAGUGAAGCUGAUGGGCAGCCGUUCAAAUGCUGCAAGACUUGAUUUCUCUGAGAUACUGCCAGAAGAGGUUGAAACAGAACUGAAAGAGGCAGCCCUGAUUUCCAUGGGAACUGAAGUCAGUGACCUUGAUUUGAUGAAUAUCAUAGACUUGUGUGACCAAGUUUUGUCUCUCUCCGAGUAUAGAGUUCAAUUAUUUGAUUAUCUAAGGAGCAGGAUGAAUACCAUUGCCCCAAAUCUCACUGCUCUUGUUGGAGAACUUGUUGGUGCUCGCCUCAUUGCCCAUGGAGGCAGCUUGUUGAAUCUUGCAAAACAGCCCGGAAGUACUGUUCAGGUCCUUGGUGCAGAAAAGGCCCUUUUCAGAGCCUUAAAGACAAAACAUGCAACUCCUAAAUAUGGCCUCAUCUACCAUGCAUCCUUGAUUGGUCAAGCAGCACCAAAACAUAAAGGAAAAAUUUCACGAUCACUGGCUGCCAAGACCGCGUUGGCUAUUAGAUGUGAUGCUCUCGGAGAUAGCGAAGAUAACUCCAUGGGAUUGGAGAAUCGAGCCAAGCUUGAAGCACGACUAAGAAAUCUGGAAGGCAGAGAACUGGGUCGUUCUGCUGGGUCAGCUAAAGGAAAACCUAAGAUAGUAUUUUAUGACAAGGACCGUAAGAAGGGGGCAGGGGCAAUGAUAACCACUGCCAAGGUCUACAAUGCUUUAGCCGAUUCUACACUAGGCCUGACAGAAUCAGCAGCUGAGCAAAAGGAAGAAGUGGUCCCAGGUGAGACCAAUAAAGAAUCAGAACCAUCUCAGGUUGAGACAGGAGAUCAGGCUCCUGCUACAGACGGAGAGAAGAAAGAAAAGAAGAAAAAGAAGAAGGCUCAUGCAGAGGACGAGGAGGGAGGUGCAGAGCUAGAAAGUGAAGAGAUAGCUAAGAAAGAAAAGAAGAAGAAGAAGAAGAAGAAACAUUCAGCUGAGAGUACUGAGUUGCAGAAUGAGGGUGAAAUUAAUGGAGGAGAGAAGAAGAAAAAGAAGAGAAAGCAUGCCGAAGCUGAAGAAGAAGAGACCAAAACUCCAAGCAAGAAGGAGAAAAAGAAGAAAAAAAACAGAAGUGAGGAAUGAAAAUUGAGAAUAGUUAAAUGUACCAAACAAUUUUGUGCGUCUUAGGCAGUGAAUUAGGUUUUUUAUUUGUACAAUUUUGCUCCACGUUAACGUCUCCCUAUGUCCCUGUGGAUCCUGCAGUUAUCUCUUAACUGUAUUUUCCAUUUUGUUUUUCUUGUUGUAAGAGGCUGAUUGAAUCGAGGGAAUAUCACUGUCUGUUUGAUUGCAGUUGCUGAAUCUAGAAUGGGGCUUGCUAAUAUGCCUUUUGCA